CAACCCUUGACCCAAAGACCUCUAAGUAUCUUGGAGUUUUCUAUCAUUGUGGCCUGAGCUCUUUCCACCUCUUCAACUAUAUUCGCAUGGUCUGAACCUCCGCAGACGUCCUGCGCGUCAACAUUCCAGACUUCAUUCCUCGCGACUUCACUCGAUCAGUAUGCCUUCGACAGAACGAGACGCCUUGCAUGAAUCACGGCGUGAUAGCGAGAGACAAUUGAGACAUCAUCAAUCUGCUUCAACAGAUGGGGGACGAGCAAUUGUGCCUAUGUGGGACAGCUCUGAUCCGGAACGCGCACCUCCUCCACUACCUAUGAAUCCAUCCUCCCCCAUUGUAACCUCACGACCCAAUACCUCGAGUGCGAUACAAUCCGCACACGCUGCCUUGACCGAAAAAGCCCGAGAAAGUGGCUACGUCACAAAUGCAGUUUCCAAGCGCAUCGAAACUUCCCCCGAACGGUCUCUAAUUAAGGGCGCUGCUCACAAGCGUAUGCAAUCACUUCAAACUGGAAACGUGAGAGAUUUGAGCAAUUUGUUGGAGGGAGGUUCUUUCAGUUCACCCAGAUCACCAGAGAAGAGUGCAGGUCGGCCAUCAACACCACAUACAAACAAAGAGUUCCAAUUGGAAUUGCGGUCACCAGAGAAGUCACCAGAGAGGGACUCGAAUCGCUCCGCUACCCCAACUUCUGGUAGGGAAACUCCAACUCGAGACACGCCCUCCAUGAGACCGUCGCUUCGAAGACCACCUCAGAGUAUACUCGGCGAGAAUACACCACCUCAAUCAGCUACAAUGUUGGCAUUACAGACUAUGGCCAACAGGGACAUGGAUGAACCACUCUCUAACGUGACUAAUGAAUCUACUGCGCUGGUUCGCACUCCACAGACCUUCCACGCAAUUUCCACCCAGAUCCUCAGCCUCACGAGCAUUGCCACGGGUUUGCAACGAGAAAUGGCCCAACUUAGCAGGAGAAGCAAGGACAACGCAACCGAUCUUGUCAGUCUGAAGGAGGCCACAAAUUCUCGGGAUGAAGAUAUCCGGAAGACACUUCGAGAACUUGUUAACAACAUCUCGGAAGCUGGUUCUCGACAAUCAAGCAUCUACGGACCCGGGCCACUUUUCUUAGAGAACAAACCCCACAGCUCCCCUGGAUCAAGAGCUAUUAAACCAUUCUCCCUUCCACGGAUUCCAAGCCCUAACAGCUUUUCGGCCUCCCUGGAUAGAGAAUCGAUGGUUAGCCCAAUGUGUUGUAAUCCAGAUGGUGCUGCUAGUCUUGCCCUACUGGAAAAGAUCCUUCGAGAGAUGGGCACCAAGGAAGGCCAGAACCAGCUUGUUUCUCGUCUGACAGAAGUUGCAGAUCGCCUUGCUCGAGAUGGAAGUUCUACUGCGCAGAAGCUUGAUGAUCUACUUCAGCAGAUCAGAAACAAUAACUUACAGGCUAUUGUCCCGCUUGGUAGUGGUAAUGGGAGUGGUAUGGCCGGAAAUAGACCUCGCAAUUUCAGCUUCGGUGAGCCCCCCAGAUUGGAGCUUGAUUUCGACCAAGCAAGAUCUGGUCCCAUGAUGCAACGAGUUGAGGCCCUCCUCGCGGUCGGAGCGAACAAGGAGAAUGUUAGAGGCGCCGAAGCAACCCGUGGGGCGGAUGUUCUCAAUGAGGAUAUCCUGAAGAUCAUCCGUACAAUCAAGGAUAGCGUAGCCCAAGGAGGAGGGCUCACAGCAGAAGUGAAGGCUUUAGUUCGAGAGCUUCGAGGUGAAGUCUUGGGCAUGGGUCGGGAGAUUGGUCGGAAAUUAGAGCAGUCCAGCAAGAAGGACUCCCCUGCAAGAGAUGUUGGUGCCGAAAAGGAGCAUGUGGCUCGGGUUGUCCAAGAUGGACUUGAGGAGCUGAAGCACCAUAUGGAUCGUGUUCUCCGCGAACAUCGACGACAAUCUUCAUCUUCUAUAGUAUCACGCAACACUGUUGACUAUCAAGAAAUUUACAAUGCCGUGAGAGCGGCUUUAAAUGAGGAACCACAACAAUCACGAAGCCCUGUCGUGGAGAAGGAGGAUAUUAUCGAAGCAGUGAAGGAGGCUUGGGAGAACUACAAGCCAGAUAUCGAACUGCAACAUUUCGGUCUAGAACGAGAAGAGCUCCUGACAUGCUUAAAGGAAGGAAUCCAAGAGUACGCUCCACAGGACCAUUCCCGAGGACUUGGAGCAGCGUCACGCGAAGAGGUAUUUGCAGCAGUGGUAGAAGGAUUGAAGCAUUUCUCUCCUCCUAAAGUUGAGACGGAGGCAAGUCUCUCACGCGAUGAGAUUCUUGAUGCAGUUAGAGAGUGCUUGGAGGAAUUUGAGUUUCCGGCCGCCCCUGCGCCAGAACCUAGAGAACCAGAAAUCACCCGAGAUGAUAUGCUGCUUGCUGUCAAAGAGGGACUACAUGGAUUCGACUUUGCUGCCAACACUACCGCUUUAAGCCGAGAUGUUAGCGGAGGCUUGACACGAGACGACCUCUUCGACGCAGUCAAAGAGGGUUUCAGAGAGGCACCACCUAUGGAUCCCUACGCAGAGCAAAUCAUGGAUAAAUUGCACGAAAUCUACGACUCUCUGCAUGCGGAGUUCAAGGCUGUCUCUGACGAAGCGAAGCAAAAUGUGUCGGCUCUGGGACGGGAUACAGAGCAAGUACUGGAUGCAACCAAGGAUGGAUUGGAAAAGCUUCGAAACGACAUGGAAAGCUACGUCGAUCGUGCCGCUGAUCUUAACGUCAAAGAUGAGCUCAUGGAAAGCAUGCGUGAGUGCUUCGAUUCUUUUACUGCCGAAAUAGAGAUGGCAGUCUCCAAGGGGUCAACCCGUUCACUUGAGGCCAUUCAAGGCGAGCUGGAGCAUCUCAGGGAGGCGAUGGGUUCUUCUCUCGUCCGCAGCGUCCCAACCGCUGGCAACGAUGAGAUUCUCGAGGCUUUCAGAACAGGUCUCGAAAGUCUCCGCGCAGAUAUUGAGAGACCCCGUGACGGCGGUGAGAGCGUUCUCUCUGGCACUGGCGAAAUACUUGAUGCUCUCCACGACGGACUCACAGGUCUUCGCAUCGAAGUUGAGAGGAUCGGUAACAAGCCUGUUGAUAUGACUGUCAGCUAUGAAAUCUUGGACACUCUCAAGGCUGGUCUUGAAGGAGUCCGAGCUGAUAUCGACAGACUGCGAGAAAACGGGCACGGAGAACAAGCUGUGGCAGAGAUUAGUGAUAAAGCUGUUAUUGCCGCCGAGGGCUUGAAACGAAAUGACAUCGAUAACUUGGAGGUUUUGAUUACGCAGCUUCGGAUCAAAGUUGAGGCCCUAGAAUCGAUACCGCCCCCUCCCCCACAACCUGCUCCUGGAUCCUUAUCACGCCAUGAUCUUGCCGACGUUGAGGAAAUGCUCCGUAAUGUCCAAGAGUCGGUCUCAGGGAUGUCGAGCCAAGACAGGUCAGGGGAUGAGGAUGGGGUCAAGAGAGAGGACAUGGAGGCCAUAGAGACGCUCCUUCGAAAUACCAAAGCCAAGCUCGAUGACAUGGAGAGUGAGGACCUGGACAGAAAGGAACAUCUCGAUACCAUGGAGCUCUUAGUUUCAGAGACUCGGGAUUCUGUGAAAGACCUAACAGCGCAUCUGGAGGAUGUCACCAAGCGCGACGAUGUCAAUGUCAUUGAGGUCUUGGUACGCGACAUUCUUGGAGGUCUCGAAGAGCUUAAGGAACGCGCACUCAAGGACUCUGAGGAUCUUGAAAAGGUGACGAAGACGGAUGUUGAAGCCGUUGAGGCGGUGUGUCUCGAUGUAAAGACGACUAUUGAGCAGAUGGUGUCGUCCGACCUGGCAGAUCUGGCUUCGAAAGAGGAUGUCAAGAAUCUGGGAGAAUUGAUGAAAGAAUUCAAGGGCCGCAUCGAAACUCAUGCGGAAACCAAUGCCAAAGCAUUCGAAGAACGCCAAGCAGAGACGGUCGGAGUUAGUGAACGUGUCACUGAGAUCAAGACCUUCCUUGAAGAAUUCAAAGAUGCCAUUAAGGAGAAGCUUGAUGAAGGAGCUACCAGCGUCGAAGCCUUGGGGAAAUUCCUCGAGAGUCUUGGAGAAACCAUCAGCCAGAAUGCAAACAUUACUGAUGAUAUCAAGGAAAUGUUCGAGACAAUGAAGAGCGAAUUUGAGAAAUCCAAUGCUGGAGUGGUUGGUUCGAAACUCGAAUCGGAUGAGAAAUUCCAGCAGACUUGGGACAAAUUCGAUUCCAAGCUUGAUGAGAAAUUCAGCGAGCUGAUGAGCAAAUACGAUGAAGCACAACUCUCGGCGGAAGCAAAGGCGAAACUGGGAGAUGAGAAGAAUCUCGAAACCGAAGCUGCGCUAUUAGGCACCAAAGCCGUGGCCGAAGAGCUGAAGAUCCUCAUCGAUACUCUAGGUACGACUCUGACCGACUCGGUUGAUAAGAUGGAUGAAGCUUCAAAGACCGUAUUCAACAGGGUUGAGGAUACCUUCACGAGAGUUGAAGAGACUCAUGCCGACGCCAAAGCUGAGCAUCAACUCACCCGAGAACAAGUCUUCAAGACAAUCCAUGCCAUUGAGGGUGUUCAGAAUCAUGUCACGGAAUAUAAUCCCAAGAUCCUCGAAUCCAUCAAGGACGUGCUUCUCAUCGUUGGACAGCACUAUGAGCACUCUAAAUCUUCUACUACAGCCCUUCAAGAGAAAAUCGCCGAGAGGCCUGCACCUGUUGAGACGCCAUUGCUCCAAGAAGCACCUCCACCUCCCGAGAAAUACGACGACAGCCCGGUCCACGAAAAGCUGGACAAACUCGUGGAUCACAUGCACGCUGCUGGGAAGUCCUUUGCCCAAUUGGAAAUGCUUGACAAGAUACACCAACAGGUUAUGCAGACUGCGGCAGAGGUCUCCAAUUUUGUGUCGGCUCAAACUCAACGCAUUGCCAAUGACCACGAAGACAAGGAAAAGGCUGUUGAAGCUGCUACGAUUGCCCUUGAAAAGCGAAUUGCUCAGAAGGAGCAAGUUGAGGCCACCGUUGUAGGCCUGCGUGAAGAGGAAGACAAUUUGAAGGAGUCUGUCGCAAUUCUCAAAGCAGAGCAAGAAGACCUAGCACAUCAGAAGAUGCGCCUCUCCGCAGAUGUUUCCAGUCUCGAGACUGCCUUACGAAUCAGACGUGAGGAACUCCAUGCCAUGGAAGCACGAGCCGAGGGCCUUGAGCGCCGCAUUCUGGAAGGAGUGAUCGAUCAUUCUCGAGCUCUUCUCAUUUCGAAGUCCAACAAGGGGCGGGACGCCAUGGAUCGAAAGCGAGUCCCAAGCCAUGCUACCUCGACAACCGGAUCGAUCGUCUCUAGUGCUACGUCGAGAGCUUCCUACACUACACAAAGCGCGGUCAGCAUGGCGAUGGGUGGCAACCGUGCUGUGGUCAGUGUCCCAAUCGUCAAUCCUGCGGGAGCAUCCAGACGUAUCCUCUCCUUGAACCAAAUUACGCAUAAUAUUCCGACAGGUAACUUCAAGCGUAGCCAUAGCGUCAAAACUCCUGGUGGUGCUGGUGCUCUGAGGAAGUCAAGUUGGGGCGGAUCGCUCAACCGGAAGUACGGCGACUUAAACAAGGAGAACCUUGCUUUGAAAGAAAGUGAGGAAGACGAUGACGAGGGUAGCAACGGGGAAGAAAGCGAGGGCGAGACUAUGAGGAGAAGCAGCAGAGGCACCACGAUCUUAACGAGUACGGGCACCGGUGUGAGCGAGAGUAUCGAUGAAGGUACGGAGUGGACCGGUAGUAUAGAUGGCGACGGUGAGGGCGAACAUUCUGGCGAGGAGACAGAAGCUGAGCAUGAACAUGGGCUGGUGGUGUUGUAUGAAGAGGCUGGACAGGCUGUUUAGUGUAGUCAUUGCUUUUUAUAGGAGGCUUUUGUCGAUUCUUGUAAGUAUUUGGAGGCUGGACCGGAGAUUGGAUUGGUGAGAUGGAUGAGGAGAGAGCGAGUGUGGGAAUUAUGACUUGAAUGAAUAGCGUUUUAGCGAAUUGAUUACUGAAAUUUCUUCCUUAACUC